GUCGUGGUCUCGCCCGCCCCGCCUUAGCUCCCGCGCUAGAGAGAAACAUGUAUCGUUUCCGAUCACAGCUCUUCACGGGGAUUUCUGCUGCCGCCACCGCCCAUUUUUACCCCCGCCGCUUCUCGCCUCUGUUGUUAGCCGAAGACUCGCCUCUCAGCCGCCCGCCUCACAGACGUACGAGUAGAAAGUGCAGCUCCAUCGGCUGAUCCUCGCUAAACUCCGAGUUUAGACGGCACCGGGCGUCCCACGAUGCCGAAGAAUAAGAAGCGGAACACUCCCCACCGCGGUGGCAGUGGCGGUGGUGGCGGCGGCUCAGGGGCAGCUGCAGCAACGGCAGGUGGCCAGCAUCGAAAUGUUCAACCUUUUAGUGAUGAGGAUGCAUCAAUUGAAACAAUGAGCCAUUGCAGUGGUUACAGUGAUCCUUCCAGUUUUGCUGAAGAUGGGCCAGAAGUCCUUGAUGAGGAAGGAACUCAGGAAGACUUAGAGUAUAAGUUGAAGGGAUUAAUUGACCUGACCCUGGAUAAGAGUGUGAAGACAAGGCAGGCAGCUCUUGAAGGUAUUAAAAAUGUACUGGCUUCAAAAAUGUUUUAUGAAUUUAUUCUGGAAAGAAGAAUGACUUUAACUGAUAGCAUUGAACGCUGUCUAAAAAAAGGGAAGAGCGACGAGCAGCGGGCAGCUGCAGCGCUUGCUUCUGUUCUUUGUAUUCAGUUAGGCCCUGGAAUUGAAAGUGAAGAGAUUUUAAAAACUCUUGGACCAGUCCUAAAGAAAAUAAUUUGUGACGGGACAGCUAGUAUCCAGGCUAGGCAAGCUUGUGCAACUUCCUUUGGUAUUUGCAGUUUUAUUGCCACAGAUGAUAUUACUGAGCUGUAUUCAACUCUGGAAUGUUUGGAAAAUAUCUUCACCAAGUCCUAUCUCAAGGAGAAAGACAGUAAUGUUAUCUGCAGCACCCCAAACACAGUGCUUCAUAUCAGCUCACUUCUCGCAUGGACAUUAUUACUGACUAUAUGCCCAAUCAAUGAAGUAAAGAAAAAGCUGGAGAUGCAUUUCCAUAAACUUCCAAGCCUCCUUUCUUGUGAUGAUGUAAACAUGAGAAUAGCUGCUGGCGAAUCUUUGGCACUUCUUUUUGAAUUGGCCAGAGGAAUGGAGAGUGACUUUUUUUAUGAAGACAUGGAGUCUUUGACACAGAUGCUUAGAGCUUUGGCUACAGAUGGAAAUAAACACCGGGCCAAAGUGGACAAGAGAAAGCAGCGGUCUGUUUUCAGAGAUGUCCUGAGGGCAGUAGAGGAACGGGAUUUUCCAACAGAAACUGUUAAAUUUGGUCCUGAACGCAUGUAUAUUGAUAGCUGGGUCAAGAAACACACCUAUGACACCUUUAAGGAGGUUCUUGGAUCAGGAAUGCAAUACCACUUGCAGUCAAAUGAAUUCCUUCGCAAUGUAUUUGAACUUGGACCCCCAGUGCUGCUUGAUGCUGCAACACUUAAAACAAUGAAGAUUUCUCGUUUUGAAAGGCAUUUAUACAAUUCUGCAGCUUUCAAAGCUCGAACAAAAGCACGAAGCAAAUGUCGAGAUAAGAGAACAGAUGUUGGAGAAUUCUUCUAGAUUUCUAGCACUUGCCAAAUAUUUUCUAAUUUUUUUUUUUUAAUUUUUAGCUAUUUCUAAUGUACAUGAACUAUCUUGGGUCAACUUAGAUAAUUUUUAUAGUAAGGGUGGGUUAUAUUCCUCAUAAUUUAAUGUAUAGUAUUGUAAAUGAUGAUUUCUGAUUAUUUGAAUAUUCUCUGUAAAUAUCAUCAGUAAACAUGAAUAAAGUGUUCGUAAUGUUUGGUCACAUUCUAUUCAUGAAAAGAACAAAAGGAUGGUAUUUCACUUGAUUUCAAGAUGCAAAAAGUUAGACAAGGUUUAAUGUCUUAUACUGUUGUCAAAAAUACUGACUGAUUAUAAUGGUGUUUACCUACAAGUUCUUAACUUAAUCUCUUAAAUAUAAGUUUCUGAUACAAUUUUUGGGAGCUAGUUCCUCUGGAAAAGCUGCUGUGGUUUGAAUUUUAAAUGAAUUGUAGCUUUUUAAUUUUCAUUUUGUCACUGGGAUAAACUAAAGGUAUUAUACCAUGAGACUUUACAAAUGCUGCACUUAUAGGCCAUUCAUUUCAGCUGUUUAGGAUUCAUGGUGUAUUAAUUAGCCUAUGUCAGAAAUAACCUCUGAGAGCAGUAACACUAUUUUGCUGUAUGAAACCUUGUUCUUUUUACUUUGAAAUAAAUAAAGAUGUUUGCACACUGAAA